AUGGACGUUCUUCUGUCUCUACCAAUCCUGUCUUACCUCCUCUCCCCCGCCUCAGCAUCAUGGUCCACAUCGCUCAACCUCCUCUUUUUUUACAUGACAUGGACAACUCUUGUGUUAUCGCACACAUCCCUUCGUAUCCGCAUUCUGGGCACACUCGCGAUUAGAGUAGUGUUAUACCUCAUACCCUCGCUACUUACACUACUCCUUGAUACGUCGGUGCCCAGUGUCGCGGAGUCUGCUAAACUUGGCGGACGCGCUUCUUUGCCCCAAAGGAACACUCGUGCGAUUGCGCGACAGGUCGGCCUUGUGUUGGUCAAUCUGGCGCUUGUCACUGCAGCCGAGGGCGCGUCCAACUUGGGAUUUAAAUUUGUGCUGGGCGAAGAUGACUUCAAGGGUACAUCUGUGCUGCCUUUGCCCUGGCAAUUGGCGAAGCAUAUUCUCUUGAUGUUGACGGGAAGAGAGGUUUUGACUUAUUACAUCCAUCGCAACGUUCUCCAUUCAAAGGGCUCAAUUGCGAAGUAUCACAAGGCAUACAGCCACGCGAGGUCAGCGGCGCCAUACAGUCUUCUACUGUUCGCAGACCAUCCGCUUCCUCUACUUCUGCAUCGCUUCAUCCCGAUCUAUCUGCCGUCUAUUGCGCUGCGCCCCCAUUUACUUACAUACUUCCUCUUUCUCGCGCUCUGCACAGCUGAAGAGACCCUCGCGACGUCAGGAUACAGUAUCGUCCCGGGUAUCAUCAUGGGCGGAAUGACACGACGCACAGCGGUGCAUUACGCCAGUGGGGGUGACUGCAAUUACGGCGCAUGGGGAUUGUUGGAUUGGAUGAAUGGUACUGGUCGUGGACGUGAUGUUCUCGAUGAUGUGAGAGCUGAAGCCGAGAAACACAACGUCAAAGAGCGAUCGCAGAAUAAAUUGGAAAGUGGUGCGGGUGCUGUGAAAGGAGGAAUCGACAAGUUGACGAACGGCGAUGAAGGCAGGAGGAGAAGUUCAAGGCUGCGAUCCAAGCGUGCAUCAUAA